UUCUAAUUUUUCCUUUCUUCAAAAUUUAUUUUUUUAUCUUUUUUCAAUUUAAGGCAGUUUGGGGUAUUUCUGAAAGUCAUGUGCCAACCGAAUCUAGACCUGGGCAUGUAGCUCUGUUUGCUGGAUUUUAUGAAGAUGUUAGUGCUGUCACGCGUGGUUGGAAGUAUACACAAUCCAAUACCUUUCGAUUCAACUUUUAAUCAAUCAGAAUUUUCUUUUUUGUGGGGAAGUCCGGACAUUAUUAAUUUAUUUGCAACAAAUAUUCCUCAUUCAUUUUCUGAAUUUUAUUCUCCAGAAUUGGAAGAUUUUGCAAGUGAAGAGGCUUCUAAACUUGAUGAAUGGGUAUUUGAUAAAGUUGAGGAAUUUUUCAAUCGUGCAAAACAAGGGAAUACCAAAAUUACAAAACUACUUUCAAUUAAACGUUCAAUUUAUUUUCUUCAUUUGCUUGGAUUGGAUACAAAUGGGCAUGGGUACAAACCUAACUCCAAAAAAUAUUUAGAAAAUAUAAAAAUUGUUGACAAAGGAAUAGAAAGAAUUGUUAAUUUAUUUGAAAAUUAUUUUAAUGAUAAAAGGUUUUUUAUUUAAAUAAUUUUAAUUUAUUUUUUAGAACAGUUUAUUUAUUUACUUCGGAUCAUGGAAUGACUGAUUGGGGUUCUCAUGGUAUCAAACUUUUUAUUUUUUAAUUUUAGGGAUCGUUUGUUUUUAAUUGUCUUUAAAACAUUAAUUAACGUUUUCCAAAUUUUUUUAUAAAAUUUUUUUUUAAUUUUACAUCAGAAUUAAAGAAUCAGGGACUAUUAAUUAGAGACAGGACUGGGAAGGUCAUAGACAAACCAUUAAGAGGGGGCACACGGACAUAUCGG